GCCAAAGUAAUCUCAUCAGUUAAUCGAUUUCAAUUGAUUCUGCAUUUCUGUGUUGUUGAUAUAUUUUAAAUUGAACCAGUGAACCACAAUUUCUAGAGUAUGAACUACAGUAAGGCGCUACCGUCUCAAGUACGGCGCCUAAUAAGCGAAGGCACUUUGCCCCUUCCAACUUAUGGUUGGUGUCGGAGUCACUUGCAAGCAAAUAUUUCUAUCGUGCCAUCCAAAGUUGCGGACGAUUUUGAAAGAUUUUGUAAACUGAAUCCAAGUGCAUGCCCAUUGUUAUAUCGAAGUAAACCAGGAGAAGUUACAGCCCCAAUACUGGCAAAAGGUUCUGAUAUAAGGUAAGGUUUCAGCUUUCAACUUUGUUAAUAUCUUUCACAUGCCAAGUGCCACUGUGCAAGUGCGCACUUGACCCUCGUGAAAAUAGAAUUUUGCGCACGCCCAGACGCGCCAGAUACCUAGUCCCGGAUAAUAAUUAUGGAUGUUACCAAAGUGUGAGAACAGGGACCGCAGAGCCUGUUUUGAAGUGGGGGGCCAGGAUAGCACAGGAGCUAUUCCACACAGGCAGGCUGGAUUUAUUCGGUAAUUUUUUGUUAUCCACCAAAAAAGUGAGGGGCCAUGGCCCCCCCUGUUCUGUGGUCCCUGGACAUAUAUAUAUAUAUAUAUAUAUAUAUAUAUAUAUAUAUAUAUAUAUAUAUAUAUAUAUAUAUAUAUAUAUAUAUAUAUAUAUAUAUAUAUAUAUAUAUAUAUAUAUAUAUAUAUAUAUAUAUAUAUAUAUAAUGAUUUUAGUUACCAAAGGCCUGCUGUUUGAUUUUGUUUGUCCUUAGUUGCAAAUUACACAGUUACAAAUUACAAUAUUGAUACGCUGUGUAAAUAUGAAACAUUCAGUCUUAAUAGAUAUUAAAAUUACAUUGAAAGCAGAGACAGAUUUUCGUUUGGGGGAUGGAUAAAUAUCUGGGGGGUGCUGUUGCUUGCUUUGGCCGGGGCGUGGUGGCAACGCCCGGAAAGGCAAAGGAAAAAGUUUAACAAAAUUAGAAAACAUUCUAGGCCUGCAUGGCGAGAUCUGAGACCAUAAUAUUAUUAAUUUUACAAAUUUAAUAGUAAGAAUAAUCAAAUAUGAAACUAUCAAAUCAAAAUAUGUAAUUUGUGGGGGUGCCAAAUGCCUUUGGGGGGUGCAAAUCAUUUCUGUGGGGGGGGGGGUGCGCACCCCCAGAAAAUCCGUAACUGAUUGAAAGAAUAUUUUUCAAAAAUUUAAGUCAGCAAACCAUGCCCAAACCAUGCCCCUGUCAUGCCUUACUUUGUAGGCAAAGGUGAGGCAUAUUGGAACCCCCAAGCAAACAGCCUUUGUUAUGCCCCUGCUGGUACAUUUUAUAUUUCCCGUCGCCUCCAGAUCUCUUCCAUUGUGGGAGUCUGGAUCUUUUCUGGAAUGCCCCAGAUACCAAAUUGUGAUACGUAUGUUACAUUAGUGAAUAUAUAUGCAUGUAUAUCUGUUUCUAGAACCCAAUUGGGAAAGUAUUGGCACAUCAAAGAUGGCAAACUGUACAACGAAUUGAAUGAUUUGUCAUCAUUUGAUUGGAAGGACAUGGUAACAUUUUAUCUUGGUUGUAGCUUUGGUAUGGAAGAUGCCUUGGAUGCCACUGGUAUUAAACUCCCGGCAACAAAUAAAAAUGUUUCCAUGUAUAUUUCAAAUAUACCAUGCAAUAAAUCUGGGCCAUUUUUGACUAACAUGGUUGUUUCAAUGAGAUCAGUUCCGACCGAGCUACUACAGGCGUUGUUCACAACUACGUAUACAUUAGACUGUUCCCAUGGUGCACCUGUGCAUAUUGGUGAUCCAAGAGACAUCGGGAUAGGUGAUAUACAGAAAGUAGAUUUUGGAGAGCCUACUGCUGUUGCAGAGAAUGAAGUGCCAGUUUUCUUUGCUUGUGGUGUAACUGGAAAUAAAGCAAUCAAGUCUGCUAGUAAGUGUAACCUCUUCCUCAUCAUGAUUCUCAAUGAUUUGUCAUCAAAAUGCAGUGUCCUGUUUCUAGCUAGUGCAGUUAUGAGAGGCAUUCACCCCCCUGAAUGUCUGCCAAUUUGAAUAUUUUCUAGGGGGAAUGCCUCUCAUAAGUCCACUGGCUAUAGGACUAUUGAGAUAGCAUUGCAAUGGUUAUGCCAAAAUCAUAGGCAAAAAUUAAGAAGUCGACCAUCUGUAAGGUUCCUAUUCUGUGACACAGUGGUCAAAUUACAUUUAAUGGCACUUAAACAUUCACUCAUACAGCUGUUGGGCAUUAGCUGUGCUUAACUGUUCACAAAAUCCAUUGAAUUGAUUACCAGUAAUAAUUGAACAGGAUAAUCAUUUGUCUUUAGACAAUUUUUCUCAUCAAGAGGAGAGUGCUAGCUGGUGCAUGCUCAUUGGGUUAAUUAAAACCAACUAAGGGACCAUUUAUUAUUGAUGGGGCAUGGGUGGUUUUUUCAAAUUUUCUUAUUUUUUCCCGGACCCCACCCUUUGUCAAACUUAGAUUUUCAGUUCCCCCCUUACCUUAACAAUAAAUUUUAAGGUCCCCCUAUAUUAACUACUGUGUAUAUGUACAGCUAUUUCAAUAAAGGUUGUCCCCUGAGCAAAGCGGAAAAGUCGAAUACGAGCGUGAAAGGCUGCUGGGAAUCGCUAAUAAAUUCAUUAAUUUAUUAGCGAUUCCCAGCAACCUUUCGCGUCUGUAUUCGACUUUUCCGCUUUGCUCGGGGGACAACCUUAAUUGAAAUAGCUGUAUAACAUGCGCUAAUUUACAAAAGACAUAACCACUUUACAAAAGACAUACCAUGUUGUUGAGUAACACAUGUACAAUACUUCUGCAGCUAUUGCAAUUUAUAUAUGCAUAUAUUUAAUAUUUAUAUAUACAGUGCUACAAUGUACAAUUCACAUUAUAUUAAAUAAUAAUUAUAAGAACUUUAUUCAUAACAAAAUACCAAUACUGGUACAUAAUGAAUAUACAUAACAUUGUAUAAAAAGUAUUAAAUCACAAAAUCGUUGACUAUAGUAUAACUAAACAGGAUAUAUAAAAUACUGAAUUAUUUUAUAGUAAUUGUUCAACGUUAGUCAGUACAUCAAAACAAUAUUUAGCUACCAAAUUCAAUUGAUGGAUUUGUCUUUCAUUGCAAGAAUAUAUAUAAAUAAGUCGUGAUUAUUAAAAUAACUAAAUGAGUGGUUUAUCUGGUUAAGCUUAUAUAUAAAAAACUUCCCUGAUAUUAAUAAAUUUUGCAUUAUUGCACUGCAUUAAAUAAUGUUGUAAAGUUUGUACAGCAGGGACAGAGAGCAGAAAAGAAGUUGGUUAUUAUGUGUUAAUAUAAUAAUAUUCAAAGCACCAACAGCAAUCUUUUAUCAGAUUUAUACACGAGGCGAUACCCUAGUGUUUUAAUAAUAUGAAACAUAUACUGUCAGUGAGUGUUUUGAAUAGCUUCAGAAACGAUCUAUUUGAAAAUCAACAUUGUCUAACAGCAGAAAUUCAAAGAUGAAGUUUAUGUGAAUCUGAUUUCCUUUUGUUUUUUCCCCUCAUCAAUUAUUAAUGAUUUUUGAAAGUUAUAUUCUUUCUUCAAUUUACCAGAAUUGCAGUCCCCCUUUUUUAAUCUCGAAAAAUCUCUGGUCCUCAGUUUCCCCCCCAUCCCCUCCCCCCUCGCAUAAAUAAUGAACGGCCCCUAAUUUUUUAAAGGUGUGGGUUUUACACUUACAAAACAUUAUGGCUAGCUAUGCCCCAAUAGCUACAUGUUUUGAAAACUUGUACAAUCAUAUGCCCUCUUAAAAUUAAUCAGGAAUUCAUCAUUUUCAAAUUCAGUUAUUCAGAAGCUAACAGUCCGCCUCUUGCCAAGUUUACCCUUUAAUGGCCUUUGCAUAAUGUAUUGUCUAGGUCUACCACAAUGUUUUUCACACGCUCCUGGUCAUAUGUUUAUCUGUGACGUCACCACAGCAGCAUUCCAGGACUCUCAUCCAUCACCGUACAAACAGCACACCCCCUGUGUGGUACAUAUUUCUCAAAACCUGAAAAGGUUCUCUGUACUUUCCGAAAGCACAAAAGACAAGAUUACUCGCUUGGAAACAUUAGCCCUCUUUGAUAUUGGCAAACGUGGAGUUGAAUAUUUGAGUGUGAAAGAGGAUCUGCUGAAAAGUUUACUUUGCCUUUACCAAGCGUCUUUGGUCGGUAUAAUAUUUGGGUUUCCUGUAUUUGGUGAUGACCCAGUAGCCGAAGAAACCGAUGGCAUGCCGGGCGCUAUUGCCAUUGCGAAAGCUCUGUGUGCUUUGGGUAAAGAAGUCAGCUUUAUAAUCGAUGAACGAAAUGAGGUCCUACUCAGGAAGAUUAUCAAAAAAUGUUUGGAAUUAAAAAUAUUGAAGAGAGAUGUACCUAUAUUGGUCUAUGAUAGGCAGACCAACCGGGAAGGAGCGGCUAUGCAGUUUUUGUAUGAGGACUACAGGGAAUAUGGAAGUACGGCGAAUCCGCGUUUUGAUCAUAUUGUGUCAAUUGAACGUACCGGGCCAAGUCAGGAUGGUACAUAUCGCAAUAUGAAAGCGAAGAAAUUAAUAGAAAAGUUGAUCGCCCCUAUUGAGGAUCUUUUUUUACAAGGUAAGAAAUACACAUUAUUAAUUUUAGUAUUAACCUUUAAAUGUCAUAUGAUUAGUUAUUUGUGUCUGAACUACUGCAGCUGCACCUAAAAAAUAGAACAAGUCAAGAGUUUAAGGCCCAGUUUAAACAGCGAACUUUUCAUGCGCCAACCCUAAUCAAAUUAAAUACGGAAAACGUUGGACUUAAUUGUACCAUGCCAAAAUACUAUAUAUCAUAAAUUUCAGUGCUAAAUUGUUAAUAUAUUAUAAUAAUAUGAUAAUUUGUAUGUUACAAAAAUAUAUCCAUUAGGUUUGGCACAUGAAGAGCACGGCGUCUAAACCCAUGUCAUGCCUGUAUAUUUAGUUUUUUUGCAGGUGGCCAAAAAAAUUUGCAAUUAGUUUGUGGAAAAUUUUAAGUAUUUUUUUAGUUAGUAUGCAUAAAAACUUCAGAGUUCAGACAAGGAUUGCAGUUAGCUUCAGACACUUGCAGGUAGCGCCACUACCUAGGAUACCCUGUUUUGACAGGCAUGACCCAUGUCGAACCUGUGUCGCUUAUAACUUGAGAUGCCGUAUUUUAUGCUGUGUCUAGUCAAAACUUGCGAGAAAUCACAAGACAAAGAAUAACCCGCUCCGCACGAAAAUUCCGCCGGCUAGUGGAAAUUAAACGGCCUUUACAGACUCGAUAAUUAAAGUAAACAUCUGCCUAUUUCGGUCGCUACAUGCAUUAUAAUAAUAAUUUACCAUUUACAAUUUAUAUAUUAUUUACAUUAUUUAUCUAUUACAAUUAUCCGCAGUUGCAACUCGCACAUUAAUUAACACACAGACAGCGUCAGCGAGACGAUUUAAUUCUGAUAACCAAUCUUUUAGGGCUGAUAAAAUGGAUUACAUUGUACAAACGGCAAAUACUAAAAUAAGUAUAUAUGGCAUCUGUUAUUGCUCUACCAGCCAAUAUGCACCGGGUACGUCGCGUAGUUUUGAAAACGGGUGUAAAACUAAAAUUACGAACUUAUUUUCAGUCAUUAGGUCCCAGUUAGAGUCUCGAAACUAGCGUUAGACGACGAAAAUGGC